ACAUCAGAAUAACUUACCACUUCUAGAUUACAAUAGGAAACAAAAAUACCAACAUCAUCAUAUAAAUUUACCAUACUCAUAUAACCUCAGUGGAAAUUAAGUGUACAUUUCAACCUUUUCCUUGAAUCAAGCCAGUGCCAUUUCAGUUUAUAUGUUGAUGAACAAACGCAUUGUUUCCUCUUUGGAGUUAAUUUUUCAUAAUUUGCCGAAGUGGAUUCAUAAACAUUGACUAGGAUAUAUAAUGUCUGUGUUCCAAGGAAAAUGGCUUGAUGACAAAACAACAGGAGAGUCUGAAAAUUACGAUGGAUUUUGCGAUGCUAUGGGUGUUACACCCGAGGGGAAACAAUUGUACAGAGAUAUUAAGAUGGGCAUAGCAUACAAAGUUGAGGGUGACACGUGGACAUAUGAUCUAUCCCUUGGAGACAGCACGCAGUCGCACCUUUUAAAAUUGGGUGUCACCAAUCCGGAAGAUGUCGACAUGGAAGGCAACAAAAUUAUAACUACGCCAAAACUAGAACAACCGAACAAGCUUGUCGAGGUGACAGAUACCUGGCUUCCGUCUGGACGUAAGGUUACCACUCGGAUGGAGAGAACGGUCGUCGAGGAUACCAUGAAAUGUGCAAUUACUCAUUUAGAAUCUGGACAAACAAUGGCUUUUAGUAUGACGCGGGUGACGUCAUAAUUCGAAGUGCAUGUGAACGUGACUUUGUGGACGUGGUCAGCGCUUUGCUAUAUGACCUACGGGCAUUACACAUAACAAGACAAUACAACUGAGUGAAUUACAAGAAUUAGUAUGUAUGUUAUAACAAAGACUAUUAUUAAAAGAUAAAUAGUAUUUAUAAGUAAGAUUCCUAUUCAUGUAUAUCAUUGAAAUUUUCAAAACUUUCGUAGUAUGGGAUCCGCAUGUGGAUGGCGCUAUUCUCGUAAUUAGCACGGAAAUUAUGCAAUGCCUGCUGUAUGUAAUUGACUGAGAUUGUUUCAUAUAUGUAUGUGAUUGGAUACAGAAUCCCUUUUGUUAAAAAAUCAUGUAAAUCCUCUUCUGGACCAUUUUUUUUAUUAAACUUGUGCAUUAAUUGAUACCAAUAAAAGUUUAAAUGUUCACUCAAAAAGAAAACAGCUAUAUUUUC